AUGGCGGCGUGCUCCUUGAACGGGGUCUUGGCCUUUGUCGUUAUGGUCACAUUGUGUUUCACCUUAGGUGACGUGGAUGAGGUCCUCGACUCCGCUACUGGGUAUCCUUUCAUUCAGGUCUUUUUCAACGCCACCAAAAGCUACGCAGCUACAAACGCAAUGACUGCAAUUGUGACCAUGUCGCUUAUUGCCAGUGUUAUUACUGAGGUCGCUACUGCGUCGCGUCAACUUUGGUCAUUCGCCCGUGAUGGGGGCGUCCCACUGGCUAGCUUUUUCGGUCAUGUCAAUCCCAAUUGGAACAUCCCCCUCAACGCUGUUCUGGUGUCCCUCGUACUUACGAUGCUGCUAUCACUCAUCAACAUCGGCUCGACUGUCGCCCUGGAUGCAUUGAUUACCCUCACUGUCGGAGCAUUGUUGAAUUCCUACAUCGUCACUGUUUCCUGUGUCGCAUGGAAAAGAAUUCGCGGGGAACCAUUACCCCCACAUCGGUGGUCACUAGGCCGAUGGGGACUUUGGGUAAACCUCGGGGCCCUGGCUUUCCUCAUCCCGGAGUUCGUUUUCGUUAUGUUCCCCCUUUACUCGACUGUGGAUCCCGAGAACAUGAACUGGAGCUCACUCAUGUAUGGCGGCAUGUUGAUUUUUUCCAUCAUCUACUAUGCAUUGUACGGGCGGAAAACUUAUGUGCCGCCCGUGGCCCUGGUCAAGCGCGAAAUCUGA